AUGUCUCUGUUGCCAGCCGGGCAAGGAGCAUGGACAUUCUCGCUAGGCUCCAAAAAACAAAAAGAAACGUCCCCGGGAAGGCUUGAACUUCCAACCUCCCGAUUAACAGUCGGACGCGCUAACCAAUUGCGCCACGGAGACGUGCUUGUGGCAAAAACCGAGAUCUUAUGUAUCUUCUUAGCAACCUCCUCAAAGUAA